AUGGCUUCUCAAGAACCUGAAGAUCUUGAGCUUGUCGAAGUACCUAAGGUGGGUAUGUCGUUCCCGUCAAUUGAAGAUGCAUUUGAUAUGGUACAAAAGUAUGUGUUUUCUGAGGGUUUUGGAUUUGUGAAAUUUUCUCGUUCAACCAAUAAAACGGGAAUUUGUGUUUGUCAUAAGUUUGCUUGUCACAAGGGAGGGACGAGGAAGGAAAGAAAUUAUAAGAGGGAAAGGAAAAGACCAGUGGCGAGAACUAAUUGUCCGGCAAAAGUUAAUCUUGCACAAAGAGAGGGUGGUCGAUGGAAAAUUACACAAGUAUAUGUGGAACACAAUCAUGACAUGGAUCCAAGAAAUUCUCGGUUCUUAAAUGCGCAUCGGACUGUGCCAUCACUUUUAAAAAGAAGAUUUGAGAUGUUUGAUGCAACUGGUGUUAAGAUGAGGAAAGUCAUUAGAGCCGUAACUGCAGAAGCUGGUGGGCCAGAGAACAUGCCUUGUCUACCUAGAGAUUGUCGUAAUUAUGUUGAUAAAGCUCAAAGGGAAAGAAUUGGAGGUGUUGAUGUUGAAGCUCUUUAUAUCCUUUUUACAAGGAUGAGUCGUGCAGCUUAUAAAGAAUUCAAUGAUGUAGUAACUUUUGACACCACAUAUUUGUUAAACAAGUAUAAAAUUCCAUUUGCCCCAUUUGUUGGAGUAAACCACCAUGGUGGGAAGGCACCUGAAGCCAUAAUAACAUACCAAUGCCCUAGUAUAGGAAAGGGAAUUAGUAUCGUAUUCCCACAUGCUAGGCAUAGGUGGUGUUUGUGGCAUAUUCUUGUAAAGUUUCCUGAAAAAUGUGGGGGAUUUAAGAAGUAUGACGAAUUGAGAAAGGCAUUUUUGGAUGUAGUAUAUGAGAACUUGAUUGUGGAUGAGUUUGAAAAUAAAUGGGCUCAAAUGAUAAAAGAUUUUAAGUUGGAAGAAAAUAAUUGGUUUCAAACUUUGUAUGAAGGAAGAGAGAAAUGGGUACCUGUUUUUGUAAAAGAUAAAUUUUGGGCGAGAAUGUCUUCCUCACAGCGAAGUGAGAGUAUGAACGCAUACUUCGAUGGGUAUGUACAUAGAAAAACAUCACUGAAAUCAUUUGUGGAGCAGUAUGAAAUGGCAUUGGGUGACAAAAUUGAUAAGGAAAUAUUCGCCGAUGCUCAAUGA